AUGUUGAUAAAAAUCAGAUACAGUAUUUAUAUACUGCAGAUCCAUCAAGAAGCCACAGUCGACAAGAGCUGGGGUCAGAAAGGCAGUCCCUGGGAGUUCAACCUGCGUGAUCUGUUUCGAUGGUGUGAUCUUCUCUGUCACAAUCAGGUGAAGGAUCUGUACGAGAGGAUAUUUCCUGAUAGUCUGCCAUUUUAUGUGCCCAGUAGACAAGUAACCAUUUCCAACAGUGUAAUACAGGCAGGACACUCAUUUCUCUGCCGUGAAGAGUUUGUGUCAAGGGAGACAACUCGGUCACUGUACCUCCUUCACCACCUCCUGGAGCGUAUGGAAGCAGUGAUGAAGUACGUCCAGAUUAACUGGAUGCCCAUUCUUGUGGGGCCUCAGUCCUGUGGUAAGACCAGCUUGGUCCAGCUACUGUCCAGUUUGACCGGCCAUCACCUACAUGUUCUAGCAAUGAACUGUUCCAUGGACACCACAGAACUACUGGGCAGAUUUGAAGAGGCAGAUAUCCAGAACCAUGUAGAGAAACUCGUCUACACAACCGAAUCUGUUGUCUUGGAUACCACCAUCCUGCUUCUCCAAGGUCAACAUGUCAGUAUGGCAGGGAGGCUGCAACAAUCCUGGAACAGCUUCAGGCAGUGUGAAGAUGCGGAGUUUGGAAUGAAACUGUCGAGUGUAGAAGAGCUAGAAUCUGUCAAGGUCAAGGUCACAUGUCUGACAGAGGUCAUAAGUGACAUUAAGCAGUCUCUCCAGACUCAGACAUCUGAUAAAGGAGCCGAAUUUCUGAAGACAGUAACAGACUUGGAGUCAGAGGUGACCUCCAAGUUAACGCUGACCUAUGUAGGGUCAGGCAGCGGGGCAUUUAAGUGGGCUGACAGCGUGCUGGUACAGGCAUUACAGGCCGGUCACUGGCUACUUAUCGACAAUGUCAACUUCUGCAGGCCAUCCAUGACAAAGAUGUCUUGAUGAAUGACAGAAAAAUCAAACAAUGCCAUUGACCUUGAUUAAAACCAGUAUUAGCUGUCACUUCUGAAUAAGGAUCCUGUGUGAAAAGUCAUGAUUUCACCUCUACCCCUAACCCGGAUGUAUGUAAUCCAUGUUGGUGACACAUUUUGACAGCUAUCUCCAGAAACUGCCCAACAUGCUGUGUUGAAACUUUUAUAUUUUGCUUCUCAGAUGUUGGUCUUGGCCAGGCAGUCACACCAUUGAACAACUGGCUGGUGAGAGUUAACAGCUUCAGUGUUCUCCCGGCAGAUUACCGAGGAAACUUCCCAAACAUCAGGUCUACCAACACUGUAUUCUUGUCUCGUGAUGUUAAAUAUCGUAUGGAGAGAAGUUCUUCCUUUAAGAUUUUGAAUGCGUCCUGAAGCUUCGAUCGAGAGGAUACAUGUAAUAAAGACUACCAAAUUACAAGUCAGAAAAGGUGCUUCCUCUUCCCUCAGAUACAACUGCCUUGGACAAAGUAUGACACCCUGGCCUGUUGACAUGAAGUUUUGACAACAAAUGAUGAUGGGAAGAAAUAAGUAUUGGAGGAAUAUAGCAGCCAUGUCAACCAGGUCAACCAGGUCAAUCAGGUCAACCAUGUCAAACAACAGAGAGAUGUAUACAGACAACAAUCUUCAGAAAGUAAAGAAAAGUUCAGGUUACUGCCAGAAAGAAAAGAAAAUAUCAGGUAAUUUAACAAUGACUUAAGUAAAAAUUUUCGAAUUGCAAAUAAAUACCUUAAAAGAUGUUAUAUCCCGGGGGCCUUUCUAUUUUGUGUGUAUUUUUGCUAGUUAUUUGAGAGUUCAAGUGCUGUAAAUUAACCAAUUCAAUACAAACACAUAAAAGAUUAUCCAUGUUUGAAUUUAUCUUCACACCCUAAACAUAUUGUUGAAAAAUAUGGAACAGAAUGUUCAUGUACAUUAUGUAUUAACUAUCUUUUUUAACAUUAUGAAAGAACAUGCCAUCGUGUAUCGCUUAAUUAUCCCUUCACGACGAAAGUCGGGGAGGGGAUAUAGCUUUCCGUUCGUACGUAGGUACGUAAGUACGUACGUAUGUAUGUUCACUUUUUGUCAGCUGACCAAACUUCAUAUAUGGGUCCAACAU